GCAACCGAGGAGUCGGUGGGGUCUCGCAGGUCCCUCGUCCGCCGCGUGCCUUCUGCGGAGGGCCCAGUGAAGGGAAGGAGUGGGAGGCGCCCCCUACCUCAUCACGCGGGGGCGGGGGUGGCACUUGUCGUGUGUCGGCCGCGGGACCAGUGGGGCGGGCUGGUAGUGGAGGGUGAUGGAGGUGCAGGGGUUCUGGAGUCGACAGCAGGACUAGCUGGAGACCUAAAUCUGGAAGCGCUUCCGGGGAGGAGGACUUGGGGGAGACAGAGGAGGGCGUGGGCGUGUCUGGUAUGGGAUGCCUUGCAAAGGAGGGGGCCUUGCUGAGAUCUGUGGGUGGUUCCUUUGAGGAAUCCUUUUCUUCCUUUUUGCCCUUUGAUUUGCCAAAGGGAGAGUCCCCAUGGUCUCUGUUCAAGUUUUGGAAACUUUCUCUUUGGGUGGGCCUAAUCACAUACUACUUCAUUAUAGAACUGCCCAGGGCCUUUUCUCAUACUGAGCACAAACGUAGGGAAUAUGGCAGAAAAGAGGAAGCCGCUGCUGGGCUUCGUGGGCAAACUCCCCAGUGGGACCACACCUGGAAACUCAGGCAAGACUCGCUGCCCUUUGUGCAUGGGGCUUUUCAAAGCCCCCAGGCUCUUGCCUUGUUUGCACACAGUUUGCACCACCUGUCUGGAGCAGCUGGAACCCUUCUCAGUAGUGGACAUCCGAGGGGGAGACUCUGACACAAGCUCUGAGGGGUCAGUAUUCCAGGAACUCAAGCCACGCACUCUGCAGCCGCAGAUUGGCAUCCUCUGUCCGGUAUGUGAUGCUCAGGUGGACCUGCCCAUGGGUGGAGUGAAGGCUUUAACCAUAGACCACCUGGCCAUGAAUGAUGUGAUGCUGGAGAGUCUGCGUGGGGAAGGCCAGGGCCUGGUGUGUGACCUGUGCAGCGACAGGGAAGUGGAGAAGAGGUGUCAGACCUGCAAAGCCAAUCUCUGCCACUUCUGCUGCCAGGCUCAUAGGCGGCAGAAGAAGACGACUUACCAUACCAUGGUGGACCUGAAAGACCUGAAAGGCUACAGCCAGAUGGGGAAACCCAUUCCGUGUCCUGCCCACCCCGCGGAGGAGCUGAGACGGUUCUGCGAGCUCUGCGACCAGCCCGUGUGCCGGGACUGCGUGGUGGGGGAGCACCGGGAGCACCCCUGCGAGCUCACCAGCAGCGCUGUCCACAAGCACGGGGACUCCGUGCGGGAGCUCCUCAAAGGCACCCAGCCCCACGUGGAGGCCCUGGAGAAGGCCCUGGCACAGAUCGAAGGGACCAACGGCGCCCUGCAGGAACGGGUGGAGGCCGUGGCCGCCGACGUCCGCACCUUCUCCGAGGGCUACAUCAGGGCCAUCGAGGAGCAUCGGGACAAGCUGCUGAAGCAGCUGGAAGACAUCCGGAUCCAGAAGGAAAACUCCCUGCAGCUGCAGAAGGCACAGCUGGAGCAGCUGCUGGCAGACAUGCGGACCGGAGUGGAGUUCACCGAGCGCUUGCUGACCAGUGGCUCCGACCUGGAGAUCCUCAUCACCAAAGGGGUGGUCAUGGAACGGCUCACAAAGUUGAACAAAGUGGCAUAUAGUGCCCGUCCUGGAGUGAACGAGAAGAUCACCUUCUCUCCUAAGGAGAAAGCAGGCCUGUGCCGUGGCUAUGAAGUUUAUGGGGCCAUCAGUACCAAAGAGGUCGAUCCAGCCAAAUGUGUCCUUCAAGGGGAAGAUCUCCACAGAGCCCGCGAGAAACAGACAGCCUCUUUCACCGUCAUUUGUAAGGACGCAGCAGGAGAGAGCAUGGGCAGGGGAGGAGAGAACAUUCAAGUCGCAGUAGUCCCUAAAGAUAAGAAAGACAGUCCAGUCAAAACGAUGGUCCACGAUAACAAGGAUGGGACAUACUACGUUUCCUAUACCCCCAAGGAACCUGGCAUCUACACUGUGUUCGUCUGUGUCAAGGAACAACACGUGCAGGGCUCACCAUUCACUGUGACCGUGAGGAAACGGCACCGCUCACACCCAGGCGUGUUUCACUGCUGCACGUUCUGCUCCAGUGGAGGCCAGAAGACUGCUCGCUGCGCGUGUGGAGGUACCAUGCCAGGUGGGUACCUAGGCUGUGGCCACGGACACAAAGGCCACCCGGGGCGCCCCCACUGGUCGUGCUGUGGGAAGUUUACCGAAAAGUCGGAAUGCACGUGGGCAGGUGGGCAGAGCGCAGCACGGAGUCUACUGAGGACGGUGGCCCUCUGACGGCUUCCUGGGUCUGUGGUCACAGCUGCGGCCAGCACGGCUUCAGAUCACCAGAGGAACCCUGACCUUAAUGCUGAAGAAACUGAUAGAAUUAAAAACAAAGUGCCUUAUGUUAUACCCUGGAGUCCAAGUCCCUUUUUGUGAGUUACUCACUGAUUGUACAUGCAGGUGGUCGAGCACCAGAGACCACACUACGUUUCUCUUCUUCUUGGCCAAAGGUCUUUGGGGGGAGGGGAGGCAGUCAGCUGUCUGGUUAAAGUUAAUACCAGAUGGUGCCCCUCAUUAGUGUCCUUUUAAAGCAUAUACACUGUAGUCCAGUAGGAGAGCGACUGUACAAAAUGGCUAAAAUAGAUUUUAGAAUCAUACACUGUGUAUCUUAGUUCAUCUUCAAAAGCAGACAGAUCUUUGAAACUAGCGGUUGUUAAUCAAAGCUGGCUUUAUAGGAGGAGUAUAAUGUAUGCACUCCUGUUUUAAAACAGUGUCAGUGUGUGCAUGUUUUUGUAUGA